AGCGCGGCCGCGGCCGCUCCGCGCCUGGCGGCGGAGGGUGCGCGUAACCAGGGACACGCACACACAGCGCGGCCCCGCGCCCAUCGCUUUGCGGCCGAGCCCCGGUAACAAAGACCCGACCCGCACCCCCCUGCAUCCCGCUCCAUCCCUAUCCCCAGCCCCGGCCCCGCCGCGGGAUGUAGCCGGGCCGGGUGCUGGCAGCGAGGCUCCGCGGCGCCCCCGAUGCCCCCGCAGUGAGGCCGGGCGCGGUGCUGCCGGCCACCAUGGGGAAAUCCAACAGCAAGUUAAAGCCUGAAGUUGUGGAGGAGCUGACCAGGAAAACGUACUUUACGGAGAAGGAGGUGCAGCAGUGGUACAAGGGCUUCAUCAAGGACUGCCCCAGCGGGCAGCUGGAUGCCGCGGGCUUCCAGAAGAUCUACAAGCAGUUCUUCCCCUUCGGCGACCCAACCAAAUUCGCCACCUUCGUUUUCAAUGUCUUUGAUGAGAACAAAGACGGGAGGAUCGAGUUUUCCGAGUUCAUCCAGGCGCUGUCGGUCACCUCCCGGGGGACGCUGGACGAGAAGCUGAGGUGGGCGUUUAAGCUGUACGACUUGGACAAUGACGGGUACAUCACAAGGAACGAGAUGCUGGACAUUGUGGAUGCCAUUUAUCAGAUGGUGGGAAACACAGUGGAGCUUCCUGAGGAGGAGAACACACCGGAGAAGAGGGUGGAUCGGAUUUUUGCCAUGAUGGACAAGAACGCGGACGGGAAGCUGACCCUGCAGGAGUUUCAGGAGGGCUCCAAGGCUGACCCCUCCAUCGUGCAGGCGCUUUCCCUCUACGAUGGGCUCGUAUAGUCCCGGGGCCAAGCGGCGAUGCCUGGGGGAAGAUGCUCUCCGUGCCAUCCGACCACCGCCGCGCCAAGCUUGCCUGCCCCUCUCGGCCUUCCUCUCUGUUCCUCGAGCAGAGGAUGCCCUCGAAGCGCGAGCUCUCUCCCCUUCUCCGCACUCCGAACCAGCCGCUGCCAUUCGCCAACUUCUGCUUUUCCCAGUACAAAACCCACCUCGGAGCCCGGGCUGAGCGGCAGCGAGCACCCGAGACUGCAGCGCAGGGGGGCAGCGGGUCGAGCAUCGCUGCAGGCAGAGCAACCCCCCCCCUACCCCGGCCUCCUCCUCGCCCCCUUUGCUCCCCUUUUCCUAUGUUUUCGGAUGGGACUGUGGAUGCGCCGGUGUUGUCCUCUCCCGGGAAUCAGCUGGCUGGAGACGGAGCCCAAAGGUACCGGGGGACCCGCACCCCGGGGUGCUGCCUGCGCAGGGCAGGGGAGCCGAGGCACUGACGGCCAUUGGGAACACGCAGCGCUGGUGUCGCCAGCCCGGCCCGGCUCUCUAGGGAUAUAUAUUAUUAUAUUAAUUUUUUUUUGUGAGACAGUAUUGUGCUUUUUUCUCUUCUUUUUUUUUUUUUUUUUUUUUUCUCUUUCCUUUGGUGGAAAAAAAGUGAGGUUUGGUUGUUUUUUUUUUUACAUGCCUAUCUCCGCAAUGGAUAUCCUUAUUUAUUUGUUGUAAAUGUUGCUGCCGUGUUUAGUCUCUCGCGUGUGUGUCCGACCACCCAGGUGAUGAUGAUACAGGUUUACAUGCUCGUACACUAUUGCGGGGCACCGGGAGCCUGCAAUAACAAUGAAGCCAAAAAAAAUCUGCCUUCCCCCUUUCUCUUCCCACCCCCUGUAUCCCGAGCUCCGUGGGCUGGCUGCUGUUUUAAGGGGGUGCUGUAGCUUCGUUUCCUCUUCCUGUUCCCCCUUUUCCCUGUGUUUUUCUGUUCACCCUUCCCUUGGCAAUCUCAGCCCAGGCUCUGAGCAGACAGAGCCAGCUCCAUCCCUCAGCUGGGCAGGGCGAGGGAACUGCCGGGCACCAGAACUUCCUCAUUUCCUUUCCCUUUCCCCAUUUUCUCUCUGCAUGAUGAAGUAUUAAUGGAACCGAGAGCUGGGUUUUGCUUUCAGGGGGAUUCCUUUCCUCUUUUCUGUUGUGCUGAUGGUGGGAAGGUCUGUUGGCACCCCAAGGGGGUGCCUGUGAAUUGUCCCAUAUGUGGCAGGGCUGAGGGGAUGCCCAUGGGAAUGGCUUGCUCCAUCUUCCCCAUCCCAGCCGGGGUGAUGCAGUAACUCCUGCCCUAUGGCUGCCCGGCCAAGAGAUGCUUGAGGUGUCUCCUUAUCCCCUUGCUCCCUGUUUAGGACAUGGGAAGUUUUGCUGUAAUCCAAGGGCACAGCUCCAAAGCAGAGCCGUUUGCAUCCAUGGUGGGAAAAAGCUAGGGAAAAGUGACUGGAGACACCCAAGUGUGGGGCUUGGAAAUGGUGCCCCAUCCACAAGGGAUAAUGUGUGGCUUCUCCAUCACCUGCCAGCACUCUGGAUGUGCUCCAGCAGGGCUCAGCUCCAGGACACAGUUGGCAUCUCCACUGGAGGACAAGAUGCUGCCGCAGCUCUGUUUCCAUCUGCCUUGGUCCCUGCAAUGGGGAAGGAGAGAUUUGCAUCUCAUCAGGAGCAAAGUGCAAGAUGCCUGUGGGACCCCUAAAGCCACCUGCGAUGGCUCUGGUGUGGUUUGCUCCUGGCCCUGUGAUCCCAAUGCCAUGCUCCUACCACCCUAGGGGCUCACCCCUCUGUCCCUGCUCUGGUUGAUGCUGGCAGUAUCUUUCCACCCGCUGUCUGCAGCCCCCAUGGCUGGGAUUUGUCCCCGUAGUGGUGGGAAGUGACAUCUGGAUGUGGAGGAUGUUCUCCGAUGAUGUAGGGGAUAAGGAAAUACUCCAGCCAAGUGAUGCUGGUCCUUUGCCAUGCAGCCCUAAUCCCCAGUUUCGGGGCCCAUGUGUUGGUGGCGUUUUCUGAUGCCCAUAAAAAACACCCUUCCCCAUUCCCCAAGGAGAGCGACCUCACGUCCAUGUGCAAUAUUUCUGCCUCUUCUGCAGCUCCUGCCCCUGAGGGUGCCCAUGUUUCCCUCCUGGAGGGUGUCACCUCGCUCCCUCCCAUGGAAACCCCUUAUCCUUGAUGCUUUGUGGCCAAAACGCAACUCUCUUGGGUAGAUCUUUGCAGUGCCUCCAACUUCUCUAACGCUUGUCUGCCAGACCGGUCCCUUUCUGGUGCCAAUCAAUGUUCCCAUUGAACGUGACACUGCUGCAAUCUCCUCUGCUGAUAAAUGAUGGACCCUGUGGUGUUUGACACAAUUCCCAGGCAAAGGCAAACCUUAUUUGCUCUGAUGCUUUGCUCUGAAAGGCUUUUAAUUUUCAGAGGACCUGCUGUGCUUUGAGCUCCAUCAGUGCUCGACAACGUCUGACCAGGAAGCAGCCCCAUCACAGGGGGGAUGAAGGACCAACAUCAGCCUGGGAGAGCUUCAGACCCCCGAAAUACUGACAUUCAGUGCCCAUCAGGAUGGUGCUGACAUUCCUACCAGCAACCUCCUGCUGCUGCUGCUGCUGCUGGGCUCAGGGAUGGAGCCCAAGGCCUCGGCCUCCCCUGCCCCUAGUUAAAUAUUUGCACAUUAUCCAAGAAAAAAGAGCAAAAAGGGAAGAAGUUUUUGGCUGUAUUCAAAGCUCUGUGCUGGCUGCGAGGACCCUGUUGGGUUGGUGGCAGUGAUGAGUGUUGCUGGGCAGGAUUGGGGCUGGCUCUUGCCCUGGGUCUUGGCUCUGGCCCUGCAGUGGGUCUGUCCUGCCCUGCUCUUGGCAUGCUCGGUGUCCCCAUUCACAUCACUUUGCCCUCAGUAUUCCCCCCUGGCUGUGGAUCUGGGGCUCUGGUUGGAUGCUUCUGGCCUCCCUUUGGGGAGCAUUGGUGGCCCUGACUCCUGAACAUCACCAGGACCUGCAGCUUCUCUGUACCACCGACAACAAAGCUUGAAGCAUCUCUCGCUUGGCAAUGUUGGCCUUAACCUUCUCGUGCCUCAGUUUCCCCAUCGGUGAAAUGGCCUGAGGGGUGAGCCAUCCCCUCUGCAAAGCGAUUCAAUGCCUGUGCCCAGGGAGGCACCAGCACUGGAUAUGGCUCAUGAGCUCGCGAGGGUUUGGCAGGAGCCACCAAACAUCAGGCACACCGGGAGCAGUGCACGAACCACUGCAUCGGAGCUCCCAUCAGUGAAUAGUUAAGUCUGCUCUUCUUCCACCCGCUCAUGGUUAAAGCCAACAGCCAGAAAGACCUGGGUCGGUUCUGCUCAUAGCCAGCUUCCUGAUCCCUGGAUGAAAGCAGCUGCACCCUGGUGAUGGGCAGGGGACAGCGCAGGGUCCAGCCCCGGCAGCUGCAGUGUCCCCCCCCACCUCUCAUUUGUCCCGUCGGUGUUGCCCCAUUAAACUGCAGUGUCUGCACUUCCCUUUCUUUUCACUCUUCUGUUCGUGCGCUGCCUGUUGCUGCUUUGAGCUGCGCCUUCCCUUGAGCUCUGGGGCUGGGCUGAGCUGUUCUCUCCCUGCAGAAGGCUCCGGGGGCAGAUUCCAGUCCCCAUCAUGGCACAAACGAGGACCCAGGAGAGAUGCAAAGCGGGUUUUUCCUCCACAGCAGCCCUUUAAUUGCUGUGAUUUGUAACGAGACCAGGUGGCCCCUGGGGUGCUCCCCAUGGGGUUUAUUGGGGGGGGGGGGAAGUUUGCUUAUGGGGUCCCCAGACCCUCUUUGUGCUGGGUACCAGCUGCAUCCCACAGAUGUGGGUGCCUGUUGGUGCCUGCCUCCCAUGCCACCAGGACAUGCAUCCCAGUUGGAUGUUUGGGAGGAUGAGGCUGUGGAAUCGCCAUCCCAGAGCCACUGUUCCACUGGCAUGGGGAGGGAUGGAAGUAAUACCACUGGCUAUGGUGGGGCUGUGCUAACCUGGAGGGUGGAAUGGUUUUGGAUCUGGGGCUUUGAAGCAGGGCCAUAUGUGGCAUGGGGGCAGCCAGAAUCAUUGGCAUGGCUGCCCUCUUCCCAUGUAUUUCGGGUUGGGGGGAUUGGAUGGGAUGGAUGGGUGAGCCACAGCCAGCUCGCUGUCCCAUUGUCCCCAUCCUGGGCUACACAGGGAGACCUGGGGCAUUUGGGGAGGGUAUCAUACACCUUCACAGUGGCAUUAGAGGGGAUAGGUUCACCUGGGGUGGUGGUGGUGACAAAGGUGGGAGCUGAUGGCCCUGGUCCUGGUGCACAGUUUGGGGGUCCCCUUGCAGAGCAGUUCUGGGUCUCGGUUCCAUGUGCCAGCCCCAGCAGCACUGCAGGGAAGCCGUUUGGCCCUCCUCUCUCUGCUCCUGCAGCCACCAGCCCCGGGUUGGGUGCUGUGUCCUCUGGGACCCCUGCUUGGAGCCCCGGGCUGAGAAACAACAGCUCCAGCAAAAGAGCCUUGUUUGUAAAGAUGAAGCCUGUUUGUGCGUCCGUGCCGGUGUCUCGGCUUGCAUGCCCUGCUGCCUUGUCUUGAGAUGAAUUCAAGAGCAAACCAAGCAAACGAAACGGUUUAAUAACGACAAAGAAAACAAAA